AUGACUCCUCCUUUAUCAUUCGCCAUAGUUGAUGGAGAAACAAUAUAUCUUGAACGUAUUAAGUAUAUUCAAUGCGAUAAUCGACGGUGUUUUUCGGUCAACAAGACAUCACAUCCUAGUAACUCCAAAUCUAUUGAAAUCUAUUUUGAUUCUGAAAUACCACGAACAGAUUAUUUAUACAAGGUACUUUCAUUUGAAGCAAAUAUUAAAGGUUUUGAUACAUGGUUAAAAGCACUUAAUUGUGCAAUUGCAGAAGCAAAAAAUAUAACUAUUAUCAGCAAACAAAAUAGAUGGCUUUAUCGUGAAUAUGAAAAAUUAAGAAAAUCAAUGGGUUUAACAAUUGAUUCUAUCAAUGGUUGGCUAAAUUCUCAUCUUGGUAUUGUCGGUGAAAAAAAACUAGUCGAAAUGCAAAUUAAAAAUAUAGGAGGUUCUAUUGACACAAAUGAAAUUAGUUUUGGUACCUUUAAAAAGCUUUAUGAUUAUUUUAUUGAAAAACAACAAAGCGAUUUGAUGACCAUUGCAACAGAGCAAGAACAUUUGUAUAAUAUUUAUAAUGUAAUUAAACAUUUAUGUUCUAAUAUUGAUUCCAAUACAGAAGACUUUAAAAGUAUUCAAGAUUAUUUUCAUGUCGAUAAAAGUCGAUUGAUUUUAAAUUUUAAACAGUGUUUAAAUUAUUUAUUUUCGGAUUAUAAUUCAGCAUUUGAUUAUACAAGUCAACAAUUACAUCAAGAUAUGACACAAACAUUAAACCACUACUGGAUAUCAUCGAGUCAUAAUACUUAUCUCGCAAAAACUCAAAUUCUUAAUCCAGCUUCUAUUCACUGUUAUAUUCAAGCCUUACUAAAAGGUUGUCGAUGUGUUGAAAUUGAUUGUAUCGAUGGUAGAAAUUCAUUCGAACCAGAAGUCACUCAUAAAAAUACGCUUAUUAAACCAUUACUAUUACGUGAUGUAUUAGAAGCUAUACACGAUUACGCAUUUAUAACAAGCGAAUUGGUCGUAUUGGAUAAAGUUUAG